AAUAAUACAAACAUGCAAAACGACACACGCAGAAACAUAUAAUUGUGGUAUUCCACACGUCGUAGAUUUAAUCAAAUUGCAAUUACAAUACUUUCUUGCUUAAACGCUACGAGCAAAAAAGCAGCCUUCCGCGAAAGAAAGUCAGCUGCUCAAACACUUUCUCCAACCCCUGGAGGCAGGAGCAAUUCCAAUCGGUUCUUUCUCAAAUCUGAAGGAAACCCAGAAGUGGGAGUACUGAUCUGAAAUACCAGAGAAUGCAUGCGAAGACGGAUUCAGAGGUGACGAGCCUCGAUGCUUCGUCCCCUAACAGAUCUCCUCGCCGGCCAGUCUACUAUGUACAGAGCCCGUCGCGGGAUUCCCACGACGGGGAGAAGACAACGACGUCUUUUCACUCUACGCCGGUCCUUAGCCCCGUCGGAUCUCCGCCUCAUUCCCACUCGUCGGUGGGCCGGCACUCGCGGGAGUCCUCCACCAGUAGGUUCUCCGGCUCUCUGAAACCUGGAUCUCGCAAGAUCUUGCCCAAGGACGGGAACCGUGACGGCCACAGGAAGGGUCAGAAGCCCUGGAAGGAGUGCGAUGUGAUUGAGGAAGAGGGUCUUCUUGAAGAUGAAGAGCGUCGAAGGGGAAUCCCUCGUCGCUGCUAUGUUCUGGCUUUUGUUCUUGGUUUCGUCGCUCUCUUCUCUAUAUUUUCCUUGAUCCUAUGGGGUGCCAGUAAGCCUAUGAAACCCGAGAUCGUCGUGAAGAGUAUGACAUUUGAGCAAUUCAAGAUUCAAGCUGGUUCGGAUUCUACGGGGGUUGCCACCGAUAUGAUCUCCGUCAACUCCACGGUGAAACUCAUGUAUCGGAACACUGGCACAUUCUUUGGAGUUCAUGUCACUUCAACUCCUUUCGAUCUAUCUUAUUCCCAGCUCACAAUCGCUUCAGGAACAAUUAAGAAGUUUUAUCAGUCGAGGAAGAGCCGGAGAUCAUUCGGUGUGACAGUGAAGGGAGACAAGAUUCCAAUGUAUGGAAGUGGAGCCGAUUUGAGCACUUCCACCGGCACAUCAACUUUACCGGUGCCGUUGAAGUUGAACUUCGUGAUCCGAUCGAAAGCCUACGUUCUUGGGAAAUUGGUGAAGCCCAAGUUUUACAAGAAGAUCGAGUGUUCCGUUACAUACAAUCCCAAAAAGCUCAACGUCGCAAUCUCGCUCAAGAAUUCUUGCACGUACGAUUGAAUCCACAGGAGCACGGCGUUGGAAAAAAAAAAAAAAAAAAAGGAAUAGUUAUUUAUAUUUUUAAUUAAUUGUUGAAAUUUUUUCUUGGUUUUUUUGUUUCAAUUAUUAAAAAUAAGUGUGAGAAACAGCUAAGCGGGGGCAGCUUUUGGGUGUGUUUGUGGGAACAUUGGGCAGGGAGGAAACGCGGUUUUGGACUUUUUGACUGCCCAAUCUGCCCUAAUUGUUGACAACAGGUUGGAUUCCAUUGUAACUUUUGGAGUUAUGCCUUUUGCUUUUUGUGUAAUUCUCAAUUUAUUGUAAAAUUAAUUUAUAAUUUA